CCGCUCGCCCGCGCGGCAGCGGGUCUCAAGAGUCGGGAGCUGGCGAGGGCCUUCGCGGGUUGCGGCGGCGCCGGGGCGGUGAGGGUCGGCCGGCUGUGGUCGGGCUGCGGGCGGCUCGGGCAGGUCGCGGGCGCCACAGUUUUCACGUCAACUUUCCUUGACAUCUUCCAAGUCUCCAUCUGCAGCGCUGGCCUCCUUUCUGAUCCAUAAGCUCCUGCUUCUAGCUGUUCUUGUCAGCUUUGCCAUGGAUUGCUUUGACACCAAGUAGUUUGACCCAAGCCGAGCUCCCGUCACAGUCCAUGCCAGAACAACUCUUAGGCCUGUCUAAAGUCACCUUGGUGCCUCUCUCAGGCCUUCAUGCAUUUCUCAGCAAGCCUUGCCACCUGUUUCCAACAGCAGACCUUUUCCCAGAAACUGGAACUUAAAGUCCUGGUCCGAGCUACCUGGUGAGCCUUUUAGUUCUUCCCCCUUUAUAAUUGGAUCCCCACUCUCACCCUCUUAGUAGCUUUUCUGAACACGAGGAAUUCUUUAAAUUGCAUGAUGUUACAAAACUGGGAUAUUACAGACUCAGGCCUGCUUGUUUGGGUGCCAAAGCAACUGUACCAUUUUGUAGCUUUGUGACCUUGAGCAAGUUGUUUAACCUUUCUGUCACAGUGCUGGGUGAGCUCAUGAAGUCCUUAGAGCAAGGCCUGUGUGAGGGUUGGCUGCCACUGCUACCCUUCUGUGCAGUAUCCUGUUUCUCACAAUAAAAAAAGAUUAAAAAAAAAAAAACCAAAACAAAACGAAGACUUGCUGACCUGACUUGCUGUCACUUCCCCUCACAUAGCACCCUAGCUUGGCCACACCAUGUCUCUGCCCCAGGGCCUUUGCUUUUCCUCUAGGUGUCCUCUACAGUGACCUCCUUCUACCCUUGUUUCCACCUGCCUCUGUCUGUUUCAUCUUUAGGUGGGUACUGGCUGUAGAGCCUAGUGUAGUCUUUUAGAAGGUGCUUCCUGCUUCCCAGGUUUUUUUCCCCUUUGUUUCAGCUAGAAUAUUUGUCAACAUGUGACAUCAUAGAUAAUUUUCUUGUUAUUAUCCAUCUCCCCCACUGAUAUGUAAGCUCUGUGGGGCAAGUGUUUUGUCUGCCUUGUGCUUAACACUUAUAAAUGAUGUGUGUCUUAUAGAAGGCAUUUAGCAAAUAGUUGAUUAAUGAAUUGAGUAAGCUUGCAGAGGGAAAAGUCAGAAACUUAUCUAGGACUGUCCACUGCUGAGCCCAAGAGCUAAACAGUUUUCCUGCUCCUGCAAGAUGUGUACCCGUGGGCCUCAGGGACCUGUGCUGUGUAUCUCUUUAAAGGCCUGUCCCCUUUAACACUUACUAAUGUCUUCAUUUAUUGUUUUCAUCUUGUAGUUCUACCCUGGCUCCUUAGCCCAUAACAUGUAGCAUGCUUCCCCAUCCUGUACCACUCUUUGUCUCUAACCCCUUCCCAUUAGUAUAUUCUAUCUGAGAAAGCACAGAUUUUGACUCCUGUGGUCUCUGAACACCUUCCAGGCCCUUUCCUGUUCUUAUUUGAGUCUGUUAGAACUAAGCGUGCUGACCUGUCUGUCCUCUGCAGUGGUCCUUGGUUGCCAGGAAACUAGCUUUGUCCCUUUGGUCUCCCUUCUGGUUCCUUAAUGAUUGCUGCUCUUCUCAAUCAUUCCUAAGCACCUUUGAUGGGAACACCUUUAGAGAGGUAGUUUGUUAACUUCCCAUUGAAUUAAAAACUGUGAGGCUAUUGUAGGUUAUAGGAAAUAAAGUGAUAGCAUAGUUUGACUUGUCAGCUAUGUCUAGGCCAUGGGGUUCUUGUCUUCAUUAGUGGUAGCACCUCUCAGAGUAGAUUGUAAGUAGGUAUUUAAAUGGUUAAUUUAACCUAAACAAGCCUCUGGCUUUUAGGUUGUACCUUCAGCAAGGCAUAACCACCCCACUUAGUCCCUUUACUGUAAGCUGCUUAUAUAGAUGAUGUCUUCUGUCUCUUGUCUUCUCUGGGGUCUUAAGAAUAUGAGUUGUGUAGAUGCAACCAAGCUGUCACCCAUGGGCAUGGUCGUGUGUGUAUAUCCGCACCUGCACCAGUGUGCAUGGCAUGUGCAUGUUUCUGUGCAUGAUGUGGGAGUGUGCAUGUACGCGUGUGUUUCUGCCAAUAGCCUUUCUUUCUGUGGACCUCUGGGUUUUGUGGCUAGCUCUGGUCUGCCUUCUCCGUUGUGUUGUCCCUCUUUUUACACAUCCUCUAUAGCAGAGCUUCCUGGGGUUAUAUCCUUCCCUCUCUGCUAUUUCCCUCUUGUGGUUUUGGUGCUUUCCUCCCAGUUCAUGUGGUCGUCUCCACCAGACUUCUUCAGGGCUCCAGAGUUGUGUGGCCUGAGUACUUGUGAGACAGGGCUGCCUGCAGCCUCCCUCUGUUCUUCUCUCUAGCCUCGGUACCAGAGUGUGUCUGCAGAGAAGCCUUUUUCUUCACCUCCUUUUUUCUCCUUUCUACCCUAUAGGGUCUGCAAGCGUAGACAAUUCCUGUGACACUUUCUUAUUGUUUCCAGAGCUGCUUCUACAUCUUUGUUUUGGAGAACUGUCCCAACACCUGGUGCAAUCACCUAUACCUGGUAGAGCUGUGAGUCUUCUCUGUAAGGAGAGUCUAUAAGUCCCUCUUGAUAGCUCACUGUCCUCAGCCUGGAGCUAGGCUCCUGGUGCCACCCAGGACCCUUUCUGCCUUGACUCUAGCUUUCUGUGUUGCCCUGCCCACCCCCCAACAUUAGCAGGCUCCCUUCCCAACAGACACCCUCCCUCUACUGGGAAUGGAUCUAUGCUGCCACUCCUGGUGACCUCAGCACGCUGCAUCACUGUCCUGUCCACGUGCCACGUUGUGGGCCCAGGAGAGGGGGUCCCUGGGUAGCAGAGUGCCUGGCCAUAUCUCUGAGGUCCUUAGUGCCACAGAGUUGAGCUGAGGGUCUCGCUCACCCUCUGACUGACCCAGCCCUUGAAGGUGAGUGGAUUGAUAGCCUGAAGGAGGCCAUGCACUCUGUGUUCCUGAAAUGGUGACCUCCUGCUGCAUGCUUGCUUAUCUACUAGGCUGAGUUAUGAGAGUGCUAUGGGAAAGUUUAGCUGCUUUUUAUUUUAGUCUUAAUCCUUUUUGAGCUCUAAGACUAUUUUUGUGCCUGUGAAAUAGGGAUUAAAGUGAAUAGUUGAUAAUUUAGGGUUCAAAAUUUAGAUUCUGAGGAAAACUAGUGGAGUUUUUUUUUCUUCUGAUAUCUAAAAGGUUUUCUUAAAGGCAGAUAUCUUAGCCCUUUACUUCAUCAUAGAUAACAUUUGACUCUUAGCUUGGUACCAGAGAAGUGGAAGGUUUCUGUCAUUUUGUGACAAUAUUUUUAAAUUUCUUUGCAGGUGGAAGAAGAAAGGUGCCAGCCACUUUGGCAUGAAGAUAGAGUCACUUAGACGUCAUUCUUUUAAGCUGAGUGCAUUGUGAUUUCCAAUAAUUGAGGCAGUGGUUCUAAAAGCUGUCUACAUUAAUGAAAAGAGCAAUGUGGCCAGCUUGACUAAGCCGCCAGUGUGUGCAGCGCGGGCAGGACGCCACCGGGUUUCGACGGACUUGUGCAUGUUAGCAGUAUAGAUUUAUGUAAGGUGGUUUAAAACUCUGGUGUUUUAAAGUAGUCUUAACUGCUCAUAAUAUGGAGACAUAUGAGAGUCCCUCUCCUCUCCCGCGUGAGCCCGCAGGAGAAGCGAUGAUGGAGAACCGAGCUUGCCCCUUCCAAGUGCUGCCCCAUGAACAGUCUCCACCACCUCCCCUGCAAACGUCCAGUGAUGCAGAGGUAAUGGACGUUGGCUCUGGUGGUGAUGGACAGUCCGAACCUCCUGCCGAGGACCCAUUCAACUUCUACGGAGCUUCUCUUCUCUCCAAAGGAUCCUUCUCUAAGGGCCGCCUCCUCAUAGACCCGAACUGUAGUGGCCACAGCCCGCGCACUGCCCGGCACGCACCCGCAGUCCGGAAGUUCUCCCCUGACCUUAAGUUGCUUAAGGAUGUAAAGAUUAGUGUGAGCUUUACUGAGAGCUGUAGGAGUAAGGACAGGAAGGUGCUGUACACAGGAGUAGAACGCAGCACUCGUGCCGAAUGCAGCCUGCUCCUUAGUCCUGUCAGCGGGGACGUGCAUGCUUGUCCCUUUGGCGGGAGUAUUGGUAAUGGGAUAGGCCUAGGGGGUGAGAGUGCAGAUAAGAAGGAGGAGGAAAAUGAGCUGGAUCAGGAAAAGAGAGUGGAGUACGCAGUGCUCGAUGAGUUAGAAGAUUUUACUGACAAUUUGGAGCUAGAUGAAGAAGGAACAGGCGGGUUCACGGCUAAAGCAAUCGUUCAAAGAGACAGAGUGGAUGAAGAGGCCUUGAAUUUCUCCUAUGAGGAUGACUUUGACAAUGAUGUGGAUGCUUUGCUAGAAGAAGGUCUUUGUGCUCCCAAGAAGAGGCGAAUGGAGGAAAAAUACGGCGGAGACAGUGAUCAUCCAUCUGAUGGAGAGACAAGUGUACAGCCAAUGAUGACCAAGAUUAAAACAGUGCUCAAGAGUCGUGGCCGUCCACCUACAGAGCCUUUGCCUGACGGAUGGAUCAUGACUUUUCAUAAUUCUGGAGUCCCUGUAUACCUACACAGAGAGUCUCGAGUGGUCACCUGGUCCAGACCCUACUUCUUGGGAACAGGAAGCAUACGGAAACAUGAUCCUCCUCUAAGCAGUAUUCCCUGUCUGCAUUAUAAGAAAAUGAAGGACAAUGAGGAACGGGAGCAAAGCUGUGAUCUCAUGCCCAGUGGGGAAGUGUCACCUGUCAAGCCCCUGGGUCGAUCUGCAGAGUUGGACUUCCCUUUGGAAGAACCUGACUCCAUGGGUGGAGACUCAGGAUCCCUGGAUGAGAAGGACCCACUGGGGGCUGAGGCAGCCCCUGGAGCCCUGGGACAAGUGAAGGCUAAAGUUGAGGUGUGCAAAGAUGAAUCGGUUGAUUUGGAGGAAUUUCGUACCUACCUGGAGAAGCGUUUUGACUUUGAGCAAGUAACUGUGAAAAAAUUCAGGACUUGGGCUGAGCGGCGCCAGUUCAAUCGUGAGAUGAAGCGGAAGCAGGCAGAGUCAGAGAGGCCCAUCCUGCCAGCCAACCAGAAGCUCAUCACUUUAUCUGUGCAAGACGCACCUACAAAGAAAGAAUUCGUCAUCAAUCCCAAUGGGAAGUCUGAGGUCUGCAUCCUGCACGAAUACAUGCAGCGUGUCCUCAAGGUCCGCCCUGUUUAUAAUUUCUUUGAAUGUGAGAAUCCAAGUGAGCCUUUUGGUGCCUCGGUGACCAUUGAUGGUGUGACUUACGGAUCUGGAACUGCAAGCAGCAAAAAACUUGCGAAGAAUAAAGCUGCCCGAGCCACACUGGAAAUUCUCAUCCCUGACUUUGUUAAACAGACCUCUGAGGAGAAGCCCAAAGACAGUGAGGAACUGGAGUAUUUUAACCACAUCAGUAUUGAGGAUUCACGAGUCUACGAGCUGACCAGCAAGGCCGGGCUGUUGUCUCCGUAUCAGAUCCUCCAUGAGUGCCUUAAAAGAAACCAUGGAAUGGGUGACACAUCCAUCAAGUUUGAAGUGGUUCCUGGGAAAAACCAGAAGAGUGAAUAUGUCAUGGCAUGCGGCAAACACACAGUGCGCGGGUGGUGUAAGAAUAAACGAGUUGGGAAACAAUUAGCCUCUCAGAAAAUCCUUCAGCUGCUGCAUCCACAUGUUAAGAACUGGGGGUCCUUACUGCGCAUGUAUGGCCGUGAGAGCAGCAAAAUGGUGAAGCAGGAGACCUCUGACAAGAGUGUGAUAGAGCUACAGCAGUAUGCCAAGAAGAACAGGCCCAACCUCCACAUCCUGAGCAAGCUGCAAGAGGAGAUGAAGAGGCUGGCUGCAGAGCGGGAGGAGACUCGGAAGAAGCCCAAGAUGUCAAUUGUUGCAUCUGCCCAGCCUGGUGGUGAGCCCUUGUGCACAGUGGAUGUAUGAGGUAGGCGGCAUGGGCCAACAGUGCUACCCAGGAGACCAUCAGCCACACAUCAUCACUGCAGCACCAGGCCUCCAACCUAAGUUCCUUUCCUGUGGCAGUGUCGGCUCUACUCUGGCACAGGGGGACAGCUGUGACAACACAGCCCACAUGCAAAGAAGCAGUUCUUCUGGAAACUGCUCUGUGUGACUUGAUAUGUUAAGGAUCAGCUAUAAGUAACUACACAAGUGGAAGCUGGUAGACAGCUGUAGAUCCUGCUUGUACGUAUCUGCUGCGGACUGUUUUUAUGAAGGUUUUCAUGAAUUUUAGUACACUAUAUGCACUGACAAGAAGUGAUGCUUGGUUGAUAGAUGAGAUGACCAGGAUUUAUAGCUUUGGCUGGCCUAUGAUGCCAGGUAGCCCCUUUGCUCAUAGUUCCUUCUUGUGGAGCCACUGAGACCUGGUCAGAAGGUGCAGGUAUCCUGUCCUGUAGUAUUACCUGCUUUGUGUGUUUCCCAUUUUCCUCUGAAAAAGUUAUAAUAGAAAGGAUUAUUUCAGGCUAUUUUGGCUUAAAAUAAAACAAAAUUUUAGCAACAGAACUACUUUUCAGAGAUUGCAUAGUGAAGAUACUGAACUGUCAAGAUACUGAGUGUUAAUCUGGUUGGCUCUUAGGUUGCAGUCUACUUCUUUUGAUGAUGUCUUAAUACCCUAACAGCUGUCUUCUGGAUACCCAAGCUCCCACCUUCAAUAAACUCUAGCAACACUUUUCUACAAA